AUGAGUGACGAGCAGAUCCAGCAGUUUAUGAUGCUUACGAAUUCCUCAGCGGAGGUGGCUAGGAAGUAUCUAGGAGAGCACGAGGACGAUCUCGAAGAUGCUCUGAAUGGUUUCUACGCAAACCAGCAACGUCCUGGAUCCGUCGAGGGUCAGCGGAACUCAUAUUCAGACCCCAAUAGCAGCCAGGAGCCCCGUAGCAGCUCGCCGCAGCUGCCUUCACAGGCUUCUGCGAAGUCAGGCGGAAGCUCGGGGCGGAGCAAGAAGGAGAAACCAUGGUUCCGCACGUUCUCUCAAAUCAUGAAAGAAUCGCAGGAGGAGGAUGACGAUGACGAGGCUCGGCACACGUUUGCAGGCGGGGAGACUUCGGGGCUAGAGGUAACUGAUCCCAACGAUUCCAAUUCUCUGAUCCGGGACCUGCUGGAGAAGGCGCGGAAGGGGGGUGAACGUGGUGACAAUGGCCAGGGGCGUAGUGUCGCGGCGCAUAACUUCUUCAAGGGCCGUGGCUACCGGCUUGGAUCGUCUGCUGAAGCAGAGCCAGAGGUUGUCACACAACCAGAGGAGCCUGAAAGACCCCGUAAGGUCACACGCGAGAUCACCUUCUGGAAAGAGGGGUUCCAGGUCGGCGAAGACGGCCCACUGUACCGGUACGAUGACCCCGCGAACAGUUACUAUCUGAACGAACUGAACCAGGGACGCGCCCCGUUAAGGUUGCUCAACGUCGAGUUUGGACAGGAGGUUGAUGUCAAUGUGUAUAAGAAAUUGGACGAGUCCUACAAACCGCCCAAGAAAAAGCACGGUGGCUUCGGUGGGAGCGGUCGCCGCCUAGGCUCGCCCAUCCCGGGUGACAUUGCUCGUGCGGAGGAGGCAGUAGAGCAGGAGUCGUCUGCCACAUCGCCGGCGCCAGAGGCAAAACAGGAGUCUCCGAAGCCAGCCGAGCAGCAGGGCAAUACCAGCGUGCAGAUUAGGUACGCCAACGGGAAGAGAGAGGUACUGCGUUGCAAUAGCUUUGACAAGGUGGGCUUUCUCUACGAUCAUGUCAAGCAAAACACAAGCGAGGCCCGCCCUUUCACCCUGAACCAGGUGUGCCCUGUCCAGCCGCUAGAAGAUUUCGAGUGCACUAUCGGCGAACAAAACCUGUGUAAUUCAGUGGUCGUCCAGAGGUGGGUUUAA